GGGUCUCUACUCUCUACAAUCUAUAUAAUACCUGAAACUCUCUACGCUCUAUCUCCAUAAUUCGAUAACCAAAUUUGAUAGAGUUAAACCCUAGUUAGAUUAGGAAUGGAAUCUCACGUUUUGUUCAACUCCUCAUCGAUGAAGAAGACUCUUUCUUCCAGUGAAAAAGACGCUUAUACUUACAACAAAGCUCUUACCUUGAAUCUGAAGAAAAAUAAUGUUGUUAAAGUAUGUUCGGGGUUGAAGAAGAGAGAACAUCAGAGUUCGCACGCUCAUGAAACCGGAGAAGUUAAGCAAAUUGAUGAACAGAAUCAUGUUCCAGAAAAAGUAUCCAUGAAGAGCGUGAGGGAUAAUAGUACUUGCUACAAGGUUCGCCUAACGCUACAGAAGCCUGAUGUUGUUCAAGUAUCCUCAAACUUGAACAAGACAGAAGAUCAGAGAUCUAGGGCGGCUAAUCAUGAAACCGGCAAGACCAAACAAAAUUUGAAGAAGCCUGGUGAUUACAAGUCUUUUGCAGCGAGAACUAUUCAGGUGAAGAAGAAAUCAGCUUUACCAAUGAAACUUUCUAAAAACCCUAGAUCCGGGGAACAUGGGCCACCUGUGAACGCAUCUAAAGGUUGUCCUGUCUUGAAGAAGAACGACAAGGAUUUGUUGGAACUGUUCGAGAUCGCCAAAAAAUCUGCUGAUUUUGCCAACGCAAAGGGAAUCCUCGCGUCUGAAGUAGAAACAUCAAUGUGCGUAGAUACCCUCGCUUUGCUCUUGGAGUUCCCCAUCAGCGCAAGAGCUAUGGAAACAAGGAAGCUCAUGGUUAGGCUAGAGAAUCUUACAAAACACAAGAACCGAAAAAUAUGCAAUUCUGUUUCAAAACUUCUUCAAUGUUGGAGGCAGAGUAUCAGAGAUCAACAACUCAGAGAGUCCCGUAAAACUCAAGGCUAAAUGUCACUAGGGAAUUUAAAAGCUUAUGACUUGAAAACGUUGGUUGCUUGCUUAUUCUUUUGCUUAAAGUAGAGUAUUGUAGUCACUGCUUCAAUUACAUUACUCAAAAGCUAACAGUGAGAGGAAUAUGUAUGUAUUAAGGAUUUUCACAAUCACUAUUAUAAGAAGUUUAACCUGUGUGAAACGUUUUGAGUUGUAAAUACAUUAUGAGUUUUGUAAUCUAUUUGCUUUCUUGCCUUA